UUCAUUUUUAACGUGGCCGAGAAAUUCGUAUCAGACCGUAUCAAAUCGACCAAUUAGAGCAAAGUUUUUUAAACAAGUUAACGAAUGUUGCUCUGAUUGAUCAAAUUUUAAUCGUAAUCCGUAGUCUGACACGGGCUGAAGGCAAAUCGAAAGGAUCUAUUCAAAAAUAAUCGAGUGAUUCGGCGGACGAUUCGGACGAACUUUUCGCCUCUCCACCAUGAAAUAACGGAGCGAAUGGGUAUAAAUGUUCGCAAACGAUGGAUUCACGACACGAUGUCUUUCACUCCUCUUGCCGCUUGCGUGCUGUGCGGUGUGUUCAUUCGAUCGAAUUCGUCGUGUGAUCACGUGUUCCCGCAUUGUUAAGGUAUCACUGCGGUCAUGAUUCGAUUUCAUCAUUUCACGCACGAUUAUCCUCACGAUAUGACUAGUAUACUGCUGUGAAAAUGUUCUAACGUUGAUCCCGCAUGCUGUGCACUGUGUGUGUCGCCGUACCGCCUAUCCAAACUGCACCGUACAUUUUUAUUCCUUUCGCCAAUUAUACCACCAUUUAAAGUAGAAACGUAAAGAGACAUGGCUGCCUAUAUCAAUCGCACAGUAUCCAUGAUUGGAGGAGACAGCCAGCAUCGAACGUCAGAUGUUAGAACUGAUAAUUCUCCUCUACAGAUCUUUGUUAACGCAAAAAAGAAGAUCAAUGAUAUAUUUUUGGAAAUAGAGGAUUAUGUGGCGGAUACCGUGGAAUUUAUGGCAUUUUAUCUAGUCAACAUUAACUUUACAGCAUUACAAAAUGACCAUAACAUUGUAUCUGCUGAAGAAGUGGUGAAAAUCAAAGCUUACGUUGACAAAGUGCGUGCAAUAAAAGAUGUUCUCAAAAGAGAUCACAUGAAAGUCGCCUUUUUUGGCAGAACGAGUAAUGGGAAAAGUACUGUAAUUAAUGCUAUGCUGCGCGACAAAAUUCUGCCGAGUGGCAUAGGGCACACCACGAACUGUUUUCUACAAGUCGAAGGCUCUGAAAACGGUGAAUCGUACCUCGUCACGGAAGGAUCCACCGAAAAACAGCCGGUGCAGUCCGUCGGACAGUUAGGUCAUGCGCUUUGCAAAGAGAAACUGUGCGAGAGUCACUUAGUGAGAAUAUUCUGGCCGAAGGACAAAUGUUCGUUAUUACGGGACGACGUAGUAUUCGUCGACAGUCCAGGAGUAGAUGUGACUCCAAAUCUCGACGAAUGGAUCGAUAAGCACUGUUUAGAUGCGGACGUUUUCGUUUUGGUGGCAAAUGCGGAAUCUACCUUGAUGGUUACGGAAAAGAACUUCUUUCACAAAGUUUCCACACGACUGUCGAAACCGAAUAUAUUUAUUCUAAAUAACCGAUGGGACGCCUCCGCUUCUGAACCGGAAUUCUUCGAUCAGCUGGUCAAAGAACAAAAGGAGGUGAGAGCGCAGCAUCAAGAGCGUGCUAUUGACUUCUUGUCGAGGGAGCUGAACGUGUACAAUCCCAAGGAUGCCGAGGAACGUGUCUUCUUCAUUUCCGCGAAGGAGACCCUCCAGGCCCGUAUGCAGGAGCAACGCGGCCAACCCGCCCACAACGGCGCGCUGGCGGACGGUUUUCAAAACCGGUACUUCGAAUUUCAAGAUUUCGAGAGGAAGUUCGAAGAGUGUAUCUCCAAGUCGGCGGUGAAGACCAAGUUCGAGCAGCACUCGGAACGUGGUAAACACAUCGCUGAUGAAAUACGCAAAGCGUUGGACGAGAUACUGAACCGGUCGCAGAAGAUGCGGGACGAGCAGAAGGACGUCAAGAAGGAGGUGAACGACAAACUGAACUUCACGGAGCAGCAGCUGAUACUGCUGACCCAGGAGAUGAAAAACAAGAUUCACUGCAUGGUGGAGGACGUGGAGCAGAAGGUUUCAAAGGCCCUGAACGAGGAGAUCCGACGACUGGCCGUAUUGGUGGACGAGUUCAGCGUUCCCUUCCAUCCGGAGACGUUGGUCCUGAACGUCUACAAGCGAGAGCUUCACACGCACGUGGAGAACGGCUUAGGAUCGAAUCUACGGGCCAGGCUCAGUACCGCGUUGGCGCUGAACAUGGAGCACUCGCAGCGGGAAAUGACCGACAGGAUGUCGGGCCUGCUGCCCGAGAACAAGAAGCAGAUGUCGCUCAACAUAUUGCCACGACGGGAGCCGUUCGAGAUACUGUACCGCCUGAACUGCGACAACCUGUGCGCGGACUUCCACGAGGACCUGGAGUUCCGUUUCUCCUGGGGCUUCACGGCGAUCAUCAAUAGGUUCGCGGGGAAGCAGGGCCACAAAUUAGCCAUCACCAAUUACCCUCAGGAUAUCCCGCCGAGUAUCGCGUCGCCCGCGGACAGCAUAGAUUCCGUCAAGCUGAUUUCGAACGCGGCGAACUUCGCACCGAGACCCGAGGAUUGGUCAUUAGCCAGUCGGAUAGCCGUUGCAUCUGUCACGUCGCAGGGCACUGGUGGCCUUAUUGUUGCUGGUUUUCUGUUAAAAACGAUAGGUUGGAGAUUGAUAGCGGUUACUUGUGCAAUAUACGGUACUUUGUAUCUUUACGAACGUCUAACGUGGACUAACAAAGCGAAGGAACGCGAAUUCAAGAGACAGUACGUUGAACACGCCACAACAAAGUUGCGACUGAUCGUGGAUCUUACAUCCGCCAAUUGCAGUCAUCAAGUACAACAAGAGCUGUCCAGCACCUUCGCACGUCUCUGUCAUUUAGUGGACGAAGCGACGUCUGAGAUGGACAGCGAACUCAAAUCAAUAGCGAACACUCUGCGGAUAUUAGAAGAAUCAGCGAGCAGAGCGAAGGUCCUUCGAAAUAAGGCCAACUAUCUCAUAAAGGAACUCGAAUACUUCGACGACUCUUACCUGAAGUCCCUAAAGUGAAUUGAAUUAUGUUCCUCGCGCAGACUUGUGAAUCUGUAGAAACGUGUUGACAAUUUCUUCGGGAGCAGGAUAUCGAUACGCGCGAUCGUCGCGACAAUCGUGUGAAACGGUUACCAUUUCUUCUUUUCUUUUGUAUUAUUCUGGUAAUGAUAAUCAACACACCCUAUGCAACGAUUGAAUGAUAGGCACUCACGUGCAGAUAGAUACGUAACUGCGUAUUCUCAUCGUACAAUUUACAGAUUGGCACGAGUAUCUAAUUCUCAUAAUCACAUAUAGAGAAUAUGACGCACAUAUACACAUACACACAGAUAUAUAGACCGGCAUAAGCCUUGAUAGUACUCAGCUCGGUAUAUUUAUAGUCGGAUCUUGUAUAUAAGACCGUCUUGAGUUCAUCUUCAGACACCGUACGGCUCAUUUCACUGACUAUGAAGCAUCUGAAGAUGAACUUGAGACGGCUUAGAUAUCAGAUCUGACCGAAUGCUGGUCUCAGUGAUACAAUUCGAAUUUCUCGGUUAUUCACAUCGUGCCGAGGUGUUUAUACAUUUGUCGACUGUUCGGUAAAACGACGAUAUCAACUGUUAUUCCGAGAUCAUGAUAUUUGUAAAAUGAAGCACAAGAUCACGAUCGUAAAAUCCUGGUGACUUCUAUCCGGUAAACGUUCGAGAUAUUGUGCCGGUCUGUGUACGCUAGAUAAGCAACGGCAACCGUUGCUUAGAUUAUUGUGCGGUCAUAUUGUAUAUUUAAAUGUGCGAUGAUAAUACGAGACACGGUGUCUCCUAGAUAAUAUUAAAAGAGAGACGUUUUUACCUGAAACGCGAAAAACUCUAGUCUUAGCGCAGAUAGGCAGAUUUCUUACAAUAUACUAUUGACUAACCGUUAGACUGAAUAUUUCUUGCAUAGGAACGUACAAUUCGGUGCAUAUAUACGUACAUAUAUAUCUACAUAUAAAUAGUAUUGUGCCACGAUGAAAUGAAUUGGUAGCAAAUUUAGCGUAGAUAUAUAUCCCCCAUGCAAACAUAUUUUUCUUUUGAAGGCAUUUCAUUGGAUAAGAAACCACCUCUGAACGCGAAUCCUAUCGAAUCUGUUUGAUUUGAAAUCCGAUCGAUCAGAUUAUUCCAGAUCUAUUGCGAAGAUACCGUUCGAUCUAGCCAGAAGGAGGAAGCACUAAAGCGGCUUUGUCGUCCUAGUAGGGUGUAUUUCCUGAAGAAUGUAUGUUGCUAUAUCAUGUAAUUAUAAAUAAAUGGUUAACUGUUGAAUAAUAA